AGAAGAACAUGAUCUUGUGCAUUACUCGUGUGACAGAAUCAUUAUGUAAGCCGUAUAUAUUUUGGUGGACUUUUGCGAAUCUGCUACGUUGAACAUGAUGAUUUCCCGGUUGAGAGCCGUCGCUAUUGCCUUGGCUCUACGUCUCUCGACACGCUAAACGAUGCAAUCGCAGACUGGGAAUGAUGCUCCCGCCAAUCAAUUUUCGUGCACGCAAUGCCGGACGCGGAAACUCAGGUGCGAUCGCGUUCGCCCACGCUGCGGUCGGUGUUCGAGACUCGGAGACAGCUGCGACUAUCCUCAGUCGAGAAGAGCCAAUGUUGGUAGAAGAAAACGGGUACAUGAGCUAGAGGCCAAAUUAGACCAACUCGAGAGGUUGGCAAAGACUGGAGACAACCCUUCUGCUUCCGAAAAUGACGGAACCUCGCCGCAACAAAUCGCCAGCGAGAGUGUCGAUUUUUUGACAGGAGACUUGCCGUAUGCGACAGCAUCAACAAGCGGUACUCCAGAUCAAGAUCAGAACUCACUAGAAGACAAGACGUCUUUCACCGAACUACUCUCCCAAGGGCUUUUCGAGCAAUCGCCGUCUAAAGAUGUCAUCGAGUUUUUAACAAGGACGUACUUUGAUAAGUGGCAACACGCUGCGCCAAUGUUGCACCGGACCCGGUACAUCAUGUCGUUGUACUUGCCACCUCACAUGCAGCCUCCAAUGUGCCUACAAUACAUCGUCAUGGCCUCCGGCGCAGAAGCAACCAAGACUCACCGACAGCUAGCCAUGCCGUUUUACCAUCGCGCUAAGGCAUAUCUAGAAGCCGAUGAAAUGAAAGGCGAUGGUCAUUACUUUGCCACCGUAGCGCAUGCUCAGUGCUGGUCACUGAUUGCCAACUUUGAAGCUCAGCAACUCUACUUUGCACAAGCUUCAAUGAGUCUCUGUCGAGCCAUCAGGGUUGCCCAGAUGCUCGGCCUUCACCGUGUCGAUGGGGAAUGCGUCAACGCGAUGCCUCUGCUUCCGCCGCCGCGGGACUGGUCCGAGGCAGAGGAGAGACGUAGGACGUGGUGGGUGAUUUACUGUGCGGAUCGGUUGGUUAGCGGUAGUACGGGCUGGCCGGUCAUGAUCAACCAGCAAGAUAUUUCUACCCACCUCCCUGCGUCAGACACAGCUUUCGAAACGGGCGUGAAGGAGCAGGCGAGUCCGCUGACGAGUAUCCUCCUCCAAGAAGGCCGGGACUUUUCCGCCUUCGCAGGACGGGUCCUGGCCGCGGCAUCAUUCUUCCAGGCCUUCCAGCACUCGACACGAACGUUACCAGACGACGAUCUAACCGAUCCUCGCACAAGUCGGAACUGGAAACGACACCGUGAAAUUGAUAACGAUCUAGUAGGUCUCCUCGGCGCCCUCCCAGACGACCUCACCCUCCCCAAGAACAUCCAAUGCCGCAACGCCACCUUUAUCAACGCCAUCAUCCAUACGUCAGUCAUCUUGCUUCACAGAGCAGCUCUCGCCCGCGUUGAUUCUUUCGGGUUGCCGGAACACAUGGCAAAACAGAGCCGGGCGAGGUUGAUUUGCGCCGCUGAGGAGAUUCUCAACAUUUUCCGAAUGAUGCCCGACAUCACGCAGACGCUCAAGAACCCCAUGUUGACCUUCUCCAUGUACACGGCCUCUCUCGUGUUCCUCGACAACUGGGAUACGUCAGCCCAAGACUAUCGGCAGCAGGAUAACCUGGACUUCAUCCUUCGCAUCAUCAUACUAGCUGCCAAAGCAUGGAAUAAUCCCGUCAUGAAGUCGACGGCAGUUCAGCUCGCGGUGGAUAUGCGGCAGCAAGGUCUCAAUUCUAAGGCAGUUAAAAAGGCAACUAAAUUAUCACCAGGUCUUAAUAUAGAACCUAUUAUAGCAAAAGGAGUUUUUUCAUCAUCUAACUUCAUAUAGGGUAGUUAGUUCGAAUCGUAAGUUAAUAAAGAGGUUAAAUUAAUUUCUAUAUAAAGGUAUAAAAAUAAGAUUUUAACUAGAAAU